AUGUUCUCUGAUGUUUUUGAGAACCUUUUGACAGAAGUUUGGGAGACUCUUGACUGGAAAAAAAUUGUUACCGGAGUCAGUCAUCAUCGACGUCUUUUCCUUAAAAGGCGGUUAUCUUUUCCUUAUAAAUUGAGAUUCACUUCCUCCCCAAAUCCACAACAUAAUCAAAUUCCCAAGCAAUUCAAGUUUCUCUCAUUCCUAACGCGUCUCAUUCGAUCUUAUUCCACUAGAAAGAUGCAGAUUUUUGUGAAAACCCUAACCGGGAAGACGAUAACUCUCGAAGUCGAGAGUUCUGAUACGAUCGACAAUGUUAAAACGAAGAUACAGGACAAGGAAGGAAUCCCUCCAGAUCAACAACGUCUUAUCUUCGCCGGUAAACAGCUCGAAGACGGCCGUACUCUCGCCGAUUACAAUAUACAGAAGGAAUCGACGCUCCAUCUCGUUCUUCGUCUUCGUGGAGGCAUGCAAAUCUUCGUCAAAACCCUAACCGGAAAGACGAUCACGUUGGAGGUUGAGAGCUCCGACACCAUCGACAACGUGAAGACGAAGAUUCAAGACAAGGAAGGAAUCCCUCCCGAUCAGCAACGUCUCAUCUUCGCCGGUAAACAGCUUGAGGACGGCCGUACCCUCGCCGAUUACAACAUCCAAAAGGAGUCUACGCUUCAUCUCGUCCUCCGUCUUCGUGGAGGUAUGCAGAUCUUCGUUAAGACCCUUACAGGGAAGACAAUCACCUUGGAGGUUGAGAGCUCCGACACCAUUGAUAACGUUAAAACCAAAAUUCAAGAUAAGGAGGGGAUUCCACCUGAUCAACAGAGGUUGAUCUUCGCAGGGAAGCAAUUGGAAGAUGGGCGUACGUUAGCUGAUUAUAACAUCCAGAAGGAGUCCACUUUGCACCUUGUUCUUCGUCUUCGUGGUGGUGAUCUCCGUAAGUUGAACUAGAUAGCUCUGUUGGUGUUAUUUUGAUGAUUUUAGUGGGAUACUAUAAUAAAAGUAUGAAUUUGUGUUAGAACGAUUUUACCCUGUUUUCGUUGCUUGAUUUGUUUGUUGUUUGAAAUAGAUGAUAUUAUCUUUUCUAACAA